GAGCUAUUCCAAUCACCAUGAAGUUGGUUGCGACAUUCCGGCAAGGCGACGAUCUGGAUGCGUCGACGCGCGCGCCCGAGGUUCCCACGCUGCGGGGCGCGCUAAGUGCCAAGACUGGCCUUUUUUCACCACUAAAUUCCUGCCACCAUUCUCCCUCCUUCUUCCUCCACAUCCUUCACUCCAGGACAACAUCGACAAAAUGGCAGCCUCGACACAAAAUGCCCUAGAAGAUAUUGAGCGCCGCCGCGUGCAGCUACAGCAGACUGUAGACCAACUCCGCAAGUCGUUGUCGCACUGGACAACUUGGGAGGCUGAGUAUGAGGCGCUCAAAGAAGAAAUCCAAGCUGCCGGCGACCCCUCGCCCUCGCAGAUACGUGACAUGGCACGCGGCCUCGAGCUCGAGCUGCUGGAUGAGAAGCAGGUCGAGGAGCUCCUCUGCAAGAAGUCGCCAACAGAACGCACUGCUAACCAAGUUGUUGACAUGAUCUCUAGACGCCUUGACUAUGUCCGGACGAGUAGUGCUACGAUCGAAAAGAACCUCGAUUCUGCCGAGAAGAGGCUUGCUGGUGUCGAUGUCUUGUUGGAGCCCGGCAUGGACAACGAAGACGGGGAGCCGAUGAUGGAUAUCGAAGAAGAACUAGACGAGCAAGGCAAUGAAAUAUCGAGCUCGGUCAAUCAGACUGGAAAGGCUGCAGCCGAGCUAGUCGAAGUUCUACGCAAGGCUGGAAUUCAAAAGGCCGAGUUGGAGAAGAAGAGCGCAGCGCAAGCGAAGGAGCAGUCACCAGAGGCUCCGCCCACCUCUCCACCAGCUUCGGGUGCUACAGAGGACCCCACAUCCACAUCAUCCUCAGAAUCAGCGUCUGCUCCACCCGACGACCGCGCUAGCACAGCACAGUCACCUGCAAAAAAAGCCGUGUCCUUCGCCGAGACGGUCGACGUGCAGUCAGAUCCAGGACUGACCUCUACGUCUAGUGGAAACAAGGGUCUUGCAUCUGUUCAGUUUCCAGAGGGCGUCAGGGCAGUCGAGCUCGAUGACGAUGACGACAUGUUGUCGUUGCCCGUCAUUCCCGAAGACGAAUCACCGGAGGAUGCAGAGCUGAGAAGACAAAUGCUGCGGUACGGCAUGUCUGAAGUUGGGCAAGUUGUUGCGGAGCUCAAUCUUGACAAGCCUACUGCAUCAUUCUCUGAUGAUGAUGAUGAUGACGAGGACGAUGACUACGAUUAUGACUAUGACACCGAGGACGAGGAAGAGGAAGACGAAUAUGGCCGAAGCACACGUCCUGUCAUCACUGAGGAAUACCGCAAGCAGAUGAUGGAACUGGAGAAGAAGCUGAACGCCCGCAUGAUGGAAAAUGUCGGACCACGGCCGGCUGAUGGCCCUCUAGAUGAACAUAUUGGCGACAUUCGCACAAUGCGUGUACAGAAGGACGAUCAGUUCGAGCAGGCCCUGGGUUCGUCAAAGGCGACUACGCAGUCAGCAGACGAGGACAGCGAAAAGCCAAAGAAGAAGGGAGUGCGGUUUGCCAACGAUAUUGAUAUCUCUGAAGCCCCGAAGCCAAUCGCAGAGCCAAAGGACACGGCACAGCCGGCAGCUAAAGCAGCCCCGACAAUGUCGGACACGAUUGUGGAGAGAUCGGCUCCUGUUGCUCCAUCUCCAGUAGAGCCGCCCAAGCGGGGCAAGACGUCGAGAUUCAAGAGUGCCCGCGCUGCUGCGAGCGCACCGCAGGUGCUGCCAACGCCUCAUGUGCCCGAAGCACCCCCUGUGCCAACAGGUCCUGCAGGCCGAACACUAGCGGCUACCGUCACAGAGCAUGUGCCGUCGCCGUCUGAGCCGCAAGCGCCUGAUGAGUUUGAUGCCGUCAUGUUGAAACGCGAGAUCCAAGCAGAAUACCACAAGGCGCGGAAUCGAUUCAUUCAGCGGCAGGGCGGAUUCAAGGCGACGGAAGAGGAUGAAGAGGAGGUGAUAAUGGAAGAGCGCGACGGCAAGGCGAAGAAGGUAAGUAGGUUCAUGGCGGCCAGGCUCAAGGCCGAGGGUGUGUAGCCCAGCACGCGGCUUUGGCGACGCGACCAACGGAACAAUUCAUGUCCGUGAGAGAUACUUCACCAUGUGUCCAGACUCACAUUACAUUGCUUCCAAGAUCAAACCCGAUGGGGCCACUAGACGCGCUUGGCCACUUGUGCCUGUGCGCGGUUCAUUUACUCCCACACAUAGAUAGUUGUUGUAGUCCAAGUCGCCCUUGUCGGCGCUGCUGAAAUG